AUGGCAAGCCUCAAGUCGCUCGUGCUGUGGGUCCUGGGCCUCCUGGCCGGCCUGAUUGCUGCGUUCGCCCCCGGCGUCGCCGCGGGCGCCCCCAGCAGCGGCGGCAGCGUCGCCGCCGCCCCCGAGCCCUUCACCCCGCGCCGCGCGCUCAUGGCGGAGACGGUCGCGGAGCCCGUGGAGCGCGUGCGUGCUUACGCUGGGGGGGCGACUCGGGGCAAGGGCAGGGGCAAGGGGGGUGGCGCGCGGCGCUGA